AUGACAUUGAGAGAGAUGUGGCACAGCUUCAGGGACUGUGGGCAGGAGCAGUCCUGGGACACAGAGACCAGAGACUUGAGAGAGACCAGGAAGGGCCUCAGAAAGACUCUGUCAAACAUCCUGGCCCUGCAGGCACAGAAAGGAAAUGACAGUGGCGUCAGAGCAAGAAGGAUGGGAGACCGUUCCCAUUUCUCUCCCGGGAAUAUCGCCCUGACCUGGCUUCAGGAUCAGGAACCCCUGAGCCAGGAUGCCCAGCAGUUUAGGGGAGUCCUGCCUGGUGGGAAUGGGACCUACUAGGUGUGGGGGGCCAUAAGGAUUCCCCAGGGAGAGGAGCAGAGGUUCACUGGCCACAUGGAAGCCACAGGGAGCCACACUGCACACCCUGUACAUUUGGGUAAACCUGGGUGA